UACAGCCACAGGCACAGGGAUUCAAAAGGACACAGAUCAAAGUCCACGUUAAUAACCUUAAAAUACAGGAAGCUGAACGCUGGCGUUAGCAAAUCAAGACACAGAUACAGACACAGAUACAGAUAUGAUGCGCUGUGUGCGUGUGCUCGUGGGCUUCUGUCUGUGUUUGUGCCACAGCAGCGAAGCACAGAGCGCGUACAGACGCGUCGCGAUUCCAGAACAGGCUUAUUUUGCUGAGCCGUUUGACGGAGCGCUGGACAGAAACUGGGUUUUGUCCAAAGCAGUGAAAGAUGACCAGCUGCAACUUCUCAGAUAUAAUGGGGAGUGGGUUAUAGAGGACUCUAGAGAACCGAAAUUGCAGGGAAACCGAGGCCUGGUCCUCAAGUCUCCUGGAAAACACCACGCCAUAUCCGCGUACCUGCGCAAGAUCUAUCACUUCACAGACAAACCUCUGUGCUUACAGUAUGAAGUUUUCUUCCGAAAGGGUGUUGAUUGUGGUGGAGCCUACCUCAAGUUGCUUUCUCAUUCAGAUGAUCUCCGUUUGAGCCAGUUCAGUGACGCCACCCCGUACACCAUUAUGUUUGGUCCAGAUAAGUGCGGCAGCUCACACAAAAUUCAUUUCAUCUUUCGCCAUCGUAAUCCAGUCACAGGGGCGUAUGAGGAGAAACACGCUCGACAACCGGAGGUAGAUCUCACUGACUAUUUUACUGACCAGCGUCCGCAUCUCUACACUCUGAACGUGUAUCCUGACUACACGUUUGAGAUCCUCGUUGACCUGACACUGAUUAAUAAGGGCAGUCUGUUGGAGGACAUGGACUCACCAGUGUCGUCUCCUCAUGAAACACAAGAACAUGCUGACCAAAAGUCACCAAAACAUGGAAGGUCAGAUGGUCCGUUCACCAUGAGCCCCGUUUCUGCCGUGGGUUUUGAGCUGUUGUCCCUCACUGGAGACGUGAUGUUCGACAACAUCUUAGUCUCUGACAGUCUGGAAGUAGCCAGGCGCUGGACAGAAGACACGUGGGGCCAGAGAAAGACCCCUGGAAUGAUUGAAAAGCUGCUGAUAGCGACGGUCAAGCGUCCGUGGCUCUGGGGCGUUUAUGUCGUCACUGUGGGCCUUCCCAUCAUCCUCUUUAUCAGCCUCAUGUGGCCUGACAAGCGGUUCGGUCCACCAGAUCAGGAUUAUUACUAUAAGAAGACAGACGAGCCUCAGCCGGACCGGCGUCAGAACCGUGAGGAACACGUCACUCCUGCUGAAGGUGUGAAUCGAACAGCAGCGGAAGCUGAAAGCAGAGCCACCAGGAGAGUUCAGAGAAACACAGACGUGACUAGUUAACUGUCUCAGAGUCAGUUGCACCUUCAGCAGUGAGUGGAUCAAUAUUCUGUCAUCCUGAACAGUGUGAACUGCUCAUGUUGAUGCUCAUAUCUGUGCAGGUUUACAUUCAUCACUUGUGAAAGAGCAAACAUAUUACCACUGUAGCUUGUUCAUGGAAUGCUGUAACUAAUAUUUUCAUUACAUAUUCAUUUGAAGCAGUGUCUUUUUCCCAUAUGAAUAUAAAUUUCAUUUUUAAUGUAAAAAAAAAAAAAUAUGUAUCAUUGCACUGAAUGUUUCCUGUUGAUAUAUAACAUACAUGUAGCAAUGCUUUUCAGCAUAGAUUUAAUCAUCACUUCAUGCACUUGUGCUUUAUACUAAGUUCUAAGAGCAAAAUAACAUUUUUAAAAACUUUUUAAAUAAGGAUUUUCAAGAAUGACAAAAUUAUGAAAAAAAGAGGCACUGAUGAAACAUGUUUUAAGAAUGCAUGAGAAAAGAAUGCAUGGAACUAGAAUAAAAUGGGUUAUAUCUAAAAGCAGAGGCUCUG